CUGAACUGUUAAGAAUUGUGAUGCCUGGUAAACUGUAUUUUCGGGCGCUGCUGAAGCUUUAAAAUGUUCACAGAUUAAACGAAGAGCUCAUCGGACCAUCAUGUCUAAAAUGCAGGUUUUGAGGGCGCUGGUGGCCGAGAGACUGGCGGCCGCUGCGGAGGAGAUAUUCAGCGCUGUGGAGAGGAUGAUAACCGCGAAGAAGACGCUGCACACGUCAGAAAUGUCAGCUGAACAGCAGCGAGCUGUCGUACACCAGCAGCUGUCGGUGGUUGCCGACGAGAUCUUCAGGGUCCUGGAGGUGAUGAUGAGUGAAUAUGAGGCGGAGGUCUCGGGUUCCCACGAGGAGAUCCAACGUCAUCGCCGACUGCUGGAAUUCACAUUGAAAACGGAGACAACUUUGCAGAGAACAGACAGGCUGCUGCUCUCUGGGCCCGACUGUGAGAGGGACGUUUCCUCUGAGCAGCUGAAAUGUGAGCAGAGCAGGAGCUCCAGUCAGGUCCAGAAAACAUCAAGUCCACCACAGAGUAGAGACGCGUCUACGGAGACAGACUCUGAGUUUAUCCACGGUAAGCCCUCACAUCCUCACCAAGCACAAAGAGCAGAAAAAGGCACCUCAACUGUGGUGGAAACACAGACAAGAGGAGAGCAGUGUGUGCUGCCACCUAGUGACCAGGAGGUUCUGUCAUCAAACGAUUCAGAGGCUGGCAGUGAAGAUGAUGAUAGUGAUGAAGAGCUAAAUGACAAACCGCUCAAAUCAAACAAAAGAAAAAGAUUUCAGAGACAGAGUCAGGAUGCAGAUUGUUGCAAAACGUGUGGAGCGCCUUCCCACAAAGGGAAGAAAAUGAGAAAACAAGCAGUGAAAAUAGCUCCAACAAACAAGAUUCAGACUGCAGGACAAAGCUGCUGCAGAGUGUGUGGAAAGUUCUUCCGCUACAGACGCUCUUUUCUGAAACACAUACUUCAGCACGAGCAGAACUCAGAUCUGUGCGGCGCCUGUGGAAAACAUCUGGACUCAGGCGAGAGCUUGAAGGCGCAUUUACAAACCCACAGCGAAGAAAACAUCUGCAGGGGUCAGACCGACGACAGACAGUCGGAGGCCGAGGGCUCCGACGCUGAGAGCAAAGCCAGAGGCAGCGAUGAGGACUGGAGGGACAGUGACGGAACCGAGAGCGACGAUGGAAGCAGCGAGAAAGAUGAGGCCAAAGAAGGAUCCUGUUUACAAAAGCCAUCAAAAACUCGAGGAUCAAAUAAACUGAAGGGACCAAAACAUAAGAGCUUCAAGGACGUAUCUCAUCUGAAGUACUGCUGUAAAGUGUGCAGCAAGUCUUUCUGCUACAGAGCCUCUUUUCUGAAGCAUGUGCAAGAAGACGAGAGGAACACAGAUCUUUGUGGCGUGUGUGGGACAUGUUUCGAGUCCGAGGAGAACUUGCGGCUUCACUUGCAAACGUACAUCCGAACCAACGACUGCGAAGUCUGCGGCAAACACUUUGACGGCCACAAGCAGCUGGAGAUGCACAUGAGGACCCACACAGGCGAGAAGCCGUACAUCUGCUCCGUCUGCGGCAAAGCGUUCGCUCAGAACGGGAACCUGAUGGGGCACAUGAGGGUUCACACCGGGGAGAGACCGUACGUUUGCAGCGUGUGCGGCCAGAGCUUCAGCUUCAAAGAGUACAUGAUGGCUCACAUGAGAAUCCACACGGGGGAGAAGCCGUUUCUGUGCAGCGUCUGCGGGAAGGGAUUCAGACAGAGGGGAACUCUGAAGACACACAUGAUGAUCCACACGGGGGAGUCCACGCACCGCUGCAGCGUGUGCGACAAAAAGUUCUACAAGAGCGGAGCGCUGAAGAUCCACAUGAGGUCCCACACAGGGGAGAAACCGUACCUGUGUAACGUCUGCGGGAAAAGCUUCACGGCGAGCGGCUCGCUGACCAAACACAUGGGCGUCCACGAAGACGAGCGAGCACACCGCUGCAGCGUCUGCGGCAAAGGAUUCUUGAGGAAAGAGGAGCUGAAAAGACACGGUCAGACUCACAGGGACGAAUCCACACAGCUCACCAGUCUUUGAUGAUGAGUUCAGGGGCUGCCUGUUAAAGGAAUAUUCAGUGUUUUGGGAAAUAUGCUAAUUAGCUUUCUUUCAGAGAGUGAAAUGAGAAGAUAUUAAUAGUUUUGUUAUUUUUCAGGUAAAAACACCAAACACUGGGUAAUUCCAGCUGCUCAGGUGUGAGGAGUCUCUGUUUAUCUCUCUUAUUGUGAUGGUACAUUAAGAAUUUGGGGGUUUUGGACUGUUGAUCAGACAAAACAAGAAAUUUGAAGACAGCUAAAAUUGGCAUUUUCUCUGACGUUUUUUUUUGUGGUCCUCGAUUUAUUGGCUUCAUAUUUUGAUUUAAAUAAAGUUGCUCUCCUGUUGGACCUUUUCCUAAAUGCUGAAUUAUUCCUUUAAUAAUCAAAUUUUAUACCUCAAAAGGAAAAAGUGCUGAAAUAAAGUUAGAUGUGUUUUAACUUGUUGUAUACACACCAUCUCAUGUGUUUAAAAGGUUUAAAAACAUAAGAAAAAAAUCAUUUAUACAUAAUUAAUAUCAAUAAUGU